AUGGCGGCUUCAGCGGCCUGCUCCUUCUUCUUCUUCGACGCCGAGCCGCUCGGCGAGCCCGGCAUGCCGGCGCAGGACGCGUGCGCGCUCUGCACCAAGCCGCUCGCGCGCGACAGCGACAUCUUCAUGUACAAGGGCGACACGCCCUUCUGCAGCGAGGAGUGCCGCGACGAGCAGAUGCAGCUCGACGCCAUCGCCGCCAGGCAGGCCGCCCGGAGGCAGCAGCGGUUCUCGUCGGGAACGGAGGCCCGGAGCGGGCACCAGGAGUCCAGGAAGGUGUCCGUCGCGAGCUAG